AUGUUUAAGGGUAUCUGUCAUGAUAUUCAACCCGAGUUGUUCGUUGAUAUUUUAUCUGCCACUUAUAACGGGGAUAGAAUGCGUUCCCAACAAGCCUUAGACUGCUCAGGAGACGCAAGUCGUGGUAUAACUCCUUUGGUGUCCAAAUCUCAACAUCUCAAUCUUAUUAGUUGUUCCCUAACUGUUAUACAUGUUUAUGCAUUUACCCAGAAAAUCCCCAUACCUUGGGCCAAAUUCGCCGUGUCUCUUCCUGUCUAUGCAAUCAUUGUGGCCAAUUUCGCUCGGAGUUGGUCGUUCUACUUGUUGAUAACAAAGACUCCCAAGUACUUCAAAGAGGUGUUCGGGUACAACUUGGCUGAGACCGGAUUUCUCUCCGCCUUGCCACAUCUCGUUAUGGCAAUUAUCGUUCCACUCGGGGGCCAACUCGCCGAUCGGUUGCGUAAAAACCUUCUGUCAACCACAGCAGUGCGAAAAAUCUUCAACUGUGGAGGUUUUGGCAUGGAAGCGGUGUUUCUUUUGGGUGUUGGAUACUCCAAAAACAUCACGUCUGCACUUGUGUGCAUGGUUCUUGCAGUUGGCUUCAGUGGGUUCGCCAUUUCAGGAUACAACGUGAAUCAUUUGGACAUCGCUCCUAGAUACGCAAGUAUACUCAUGGGCAUCUCCAACGGAAUUGGAACAAUCUCUGGAAUGAUAUGCCCCCUUACAGCGGAACUGUUGACAAAGAUGGGACACAAGGAAGGUUGGCAAACGGUCUUUUUGAUAGCCAGCUUGGUUCAUUUUACCGGAGUAAUCUUCUACGGGAUUUUUGCAUCCGGAGAGAAACAGGCUUGGGCUGAGGCACCAGAUGAGGCCAAAUCAAACUGGCAACCACCAACAGACUUACCCCCAGAGAUCGCUGGUGGCGGCUACGGAUACAUCGAGGCUGACGAGAGGCAGUAUUUGAAUAAAAGUGCGACGCCAUUAGUGACUGUAACUGCCCAGGAUAAAUUUGUCAACGGACUGUUGUCGCAGAAGAACGAGACUACAAUCAAUCAGCACCUUUACACAAAUGAAGCUAACAAUCACGAAUAUGAGUACGGUCAGACAGGUGACAAUUACCCCUCAAAGGUCGGCGAUCCAUAUCACUACGGCUAUUAGCCCAGCAGUCGAGGAGCGGUGUGAUCAACAGACACGCUUUCACUGUUUGACUAAUAGUAAACCAAUUCCUGAUUUACGUUGAACUAUGCUGUUUCAGUUCCUCGCUAGUUUAUACACAAACUUGCUUGUAGUGCAACAGGAACCUACCCCAUUAGCUUUCGCCUACUUUAUGACAGUCUUACUUUGUUUGUUAUCUUUUCCACAUUCUUGAGACAAAGCAUUGAUUAUUUUCCCCAUAAACAGACAAAGAGGAAAGACAGCAACCGUAAAGGAUCCAAACUGCCCCGAAUGAACCCCUUCAUAGUGGCAAUCACUGA